CUCGCUCAGAGAAGUUCUAAUGUAUUUAACGCCUGCGCACACUCGGUCCAUAGUGGAGAGAAUUGUGAAUGGGGGGAGUAUUUUGGGUGUACAGUCAUAAGUCGGACUCCGAGGAGCCAGGAAGUAACUGUGAGCCAUGCAGCUCAAGCGACGGAUAAAGUAGCGCGAGCGAGCGUCUGUUGUCAGCAGUCGGAGAUCACACGCGCGAGAGUGAGGAAGAACAACAAGCCAACUGGAAACUACUGCCAAACCGAGUGCAGUUCAGCUCACGGACCAUACAAGAAGCCAACUCCAAAGGAGCUUUUACACUUUAAAAAGCUCAAAGCUCACUGCACACACUCCAUCAUUAGAAGAAGAAAAAAAGACGGAAGGAAAUAAGAGCGGGGCUGGCGAGUUUCAAGGCAACGCUUUACUCUUCUUGGCAAGUUUAGACGAAUAUACCAUUAACAAAAUUGAUCAAACCGCGUUCAAGAUGCCUCGGGUGGUCCCGGAUCAGAGGAGCAAAUUCGAGAACGAGGAGUUCUUCAGGAAACUCAGCCGCGAGUGCGAGAUUAAAUACACCGGUUUCCGCGAUCGGCCGCACGAGGAGAGGCAGGCGCGCUUCCAGAACGCGUGCCGUGACGGCCGCUCAGAGAUAGCUUUUGUGGCGACCGGCACCAACCUCUCGCUGCAGUUCUUCCCAGCCAACCUUCAUGGGGAUCAGCGGCAGGCGCCCACCCGAGAAUAUGUGGACUUCGAGCGGGAGACGGGAAAGGUGUACCUGAAGGCUCCUAUGAUCCUAAACGGAGUGUGUGUGAUCUGGAGAGGCUGGCUUGAUCUUCACCGACUGGAUGGCAUGGGCUGUCUGGAAUAUGAUGAUGAGAGAGCACAGCAUGAGGACGCUUUAGCCCAGGCCGCUUUUGAGGAAGCCCGCAGGAGGACCCGUGACUUCGAGGACAGGGAUCGCUCGCACCGAGAGGACUUGGAGCAGAUGCCGAUGGCACAGCUCAAUCAUUUAAUAACUCAGGAGGACCCUGUGGCAUCAAAAAUCUGGGAGUGAUGGCCUUCAAGGACCAGGGCGACAGCAGGACCCCAGCCCUGGCUCCAACAUGGGCAACACUGAUGAUCACAAGAUGCGCUAGCGGCAUUCACCAAAGUGGGCCGGGAAAGGGUCACAAGACCUCCAUCACCACAGCAAUCUCAUCUCCUGAUGCCUUGUUUAUCACAGGACACACCAAAGUCCACACCGCUGGGGGAGUUUUGGGGGAAGCGGCCCGUUGAAAGGGCUGGGUUGGGUUGGGCUGGGCUGGUAUUGAUGUGAGAUUUCAUUCGCAUUUGAUUUAGUCCCUUGUUUCUUCUUGGGAUUUUUGCACUAUGUGAUAACGUUCAGUUUAAAGUCCCCGUGUCGCCUUUCGGUAUGCAUGGUUUUCCUGCCUAUGUUUUUUGCUCGCGUUCCUUUUAUCCCACCCCUAUGCAAGGCAUCUUAUUUUAUCCUAUUGUUCAUGAAAUGGCAUUUUUUAAUUAUUAUGUGUGUGAAAGUCAGGAUGUUUACUUUUUUUGUAUUUUCAUUUCCUAUAUAAAUAUAUAUAUAUAAACAUGUCUGUCUUUGUGCUUCAUAGUUAAUGUCGCUAGGUAGAUUAGCGUGCUAGAGUAGUGCUUUUUUUACGUCUAAAAAGGCCGAUCUCGAAAGAGGCUGGUGAUGCUGUGGAUGAGGAAGUCUUUUCUUCUCCACGUGCUCUGUCUUCCGCUCUCUUCCUGUUACAGACGUGAGUUUUGAAGGUGAAGCGAGCAGCAGGAAGUGAAUAUUGAGGUCAGUGUUAUUCUACACAAAAUGAGGCAGAGAUCUGGUUCUUCACCCUUGUUUGCUUUCAUUAAUGUUAGCCAUUUACCCAUUCAUUUUGUUUCAGUGCAGGAUUUUCCACAUAAUCUAAUUAACUCUGGAGUUCUUCAAAUGUAGACUCUUUUAAAAAUCAUUUCAAAUAGUUUCACUUCAGCAAAAAUCACGUUUCUUUACCGCCUACAUUUUUAUUUUGUUUUCUUUGAUUUUUAUUCAGAUUAUCAGAGUUCAUUCUUAUCUACAACAUCAUUUUAACUCAGAACGUCAAAUCAACACUUCUGUAAUAUGACAGUAAUAUUUGUAAAUCAUAUACAAUAUAUUAUUUUAUAUUUAGAAAUCAUAAAUUCACAUAUAAUUAUUAAAUAAUCAGUAAAUACAAUAUGCACAAGAUAUGACUCAAAAAAGCAGAGCUUCACAAUAAAAUCACAUCUGAAAUGUUAUUUUGGAACAUUUUCAUGUAAGAAAAUAAAAAAGAAGUGAUAAAGUGAUCACUUUUGCACACAAAAAUGUUCCAAAAUCACAAUUUAAAGCUGCUGUGACAUUCAUUACAGUAUGUUGAUGUACUGAAACAGAAUACUGAGUAGGGGGCGGGGCUUUGUGCAUCAUUCCCUUAUAGAAAACUAACAGUGAGAGAGGCGUGGUUAAGAAUAUUGUGGUUAAACGUCAACAGAGAAAGACUGCCACUCCAAACCAGGACAUAAAUAGUCAGAGUUUGAUUGAAGAUUACCAAAACAAACUUUUUUUGUGUGUGGACUAACUUGCCCAUAAUUGUUCAUCUAAAGCGCAGGUGUCAAAUCCAGUACAGGGAGAGCAGCAGCUCGACACAAGGUGUGUCCCAAAUUGCAGUAUUCUAGACCAUUUUGUAGUAUAAAUAGUGUAAAAGUAGUGCGUUCACACUGAAAACUCUAAAAAUAAUAAGAUGAUGCACUUAUUCAACCACUAAAAUGAAGUGUGGAAUGAUGGACACUUCACGCACUCAACGAUUGUAGCAUACAUAGUGGAAGGGGCAGAGCAACCGGGCACACAUGUUGGAUUACUCUAUUUAGGAUUGUGAAAGCAAAAUUUUGCUACGAGAGUGAUUAUACCGCCUCCUGAUGGCGAAUGCGGUUAUACUCAUGGGAGGUAUUAUUUGGUAGUUUGGUCAUUUAUUUCACUAAUUUAGCAACCAUCAAACGUCAUCAGGGAAAUGGUUUGAAUUUCUGCUUUGGUAAAAUAAAACUGUUCCAUAUUAUGCUGUUGAGUGUGUAGAUUCAUAAGUACAUAGUGCAUAAGUGCAUACUGUAUAGUGUGCUGUUUGGAACGCAACUACAGUUUAGCUUUAACCCUAUUUAAACACAUCUGACCAACUUUAUUGAGUGCUUCAGGCUUGCUUGAAACCUACAGGUAACGCUGCGGUCUCUCUAGAUUUUGAGCUUGCGAAAUUCUGGUGUACUGCACUGCAAAAAGGGGUGGAAUUAAGCAAGGUGGUUAGACAUUUUAAAAAGAGAGAGAUAGAUCCAUAUUUUAAAUUUCUGUCCAGAGAUGUCAUGUUUUGAACCUUGAUUGGUCUCAUGCAGUCAAGUGAUGCGUUUUCACAGGUUAGAGUUCACCAAUCUUGAACUUUGCAACGCAGCGAACUGUGAAACUUGUUGUGCGAGCUUGCAUUUCCGGUCUGAUGCAUUUGCAUGCGUAUGAAUAGAAGUCUAUGGGGAGAAAAGUUCAGUCUGACCGUAGCUUUAGUGUGUUGAAGCAGGGUUGGAACUAAACUGUGCAGAGCUGCGGCCCUCCAGGAACUGGAUUUAACACCUGUGAUCCAAAGGAUAACAAUGUGCACUAGCAAAAUAAGCAUUGUAUUUUUGUUCCACACAGACAUUAAAGUGUAUAAACAACAAAAAAUGAUGCAUUUGAUUUUGAACACAGUACAUGUUUAACACAAUUGUCAACGUUCAGCAUUUCAUUUCAUUUUUUUUACCACAGUCAAUGGUAAAAAUUUAAGGGCCAAGAAUGAUCGGUGGGAUGGUGAAGUCAGAAGUUACGGCCUACCUCUAGCUUAAACCAAAUAUACACAAGUAAGAGGUUAUUUAUAGAGAGCAGAUUCAGGUUGUCUUGAGUGUCGAGGAAAAACGAAUGUUGGUUUAGUAGAACGUUAAAGAUUUAUAUAGUUGGAGUGUGCUUUUAAACCACACAGUGGUCAGAAAUGGGCACCAGGAGUUUAUUAAGGUCUGGAUGUAUUUUUAAGAUGCCAGAGACAGAGAACUUGACCAAACCAGCGUCCACAAAAACAGGCCUGCUUUAAUUAGUCCAACUCUCUGCUUUCUAUGUGUGUCUUACACUGUGUAUAGAUAAAAACCUUUGCUGGCCCUCUUUCUUUUACACCCCUUUACUUAAUGCUGGCAUUAAGGCAAAAUACACAGGUAGUGGAUGGCUCUUUUUGUAAUGAAUGAAUAAAUAAAAUGUUUAUUUUCAUAAUUGUUUUAAGUUAUUGAUGCAGGUAUACUUUUGUUUCAUUAUCAGGUUCCGCUAUGAUGAAAUGUGUAUUUCUGUAUUGAUAUUGUUUUCGUUUUUUUCUCCCUUGGCCCCAUAAGGAACUGUGGGAUGUUACCAUGGUCUUUGGUUGUAGCUCUUUUUUCUGUUUUUAAUUUUAAGCGAGGAGGACUGUUAACUGAAGUGUUAUGUUUGACCUGUUUCUUAAUAAACUUGUUACAAACAAUUAUAA